CUUCCCCCCUCCUCCCCUCACUACCGAAUUCGUUGCCUUCUCCAAACCGCAGCGCGCGCAAGCCGAAUCCCAGUUCGAAGUCCUCGACAAGGAGAAGGAGAGAUUGAUGGCGCGUACGAAGCAGACCGCCCGGAAGUCCACCGGCGGCAAGGCGCCCCGCAAGCAGCUGGCCACCAAGGCGGCGAGGAAGUCGGCGCCGACCACGGGCGGCGUGAAGAAGCCCCACCGCUACAGGCCCGGCACCGUGGCGCUGCGCGAGAUCCGCAAGUAUCAGAAGAGCACGGAGCUGCUCAUCCGCAAGCUGCCGUUCCAGCGCCUGGUGCGGGAGAUCGCGCAGGACUUCAAGACGGACCUCCGGUUCCAGAGCCACGCCGUGCUGGCGCUCCAGGAGGCCGCCGAGGCGUACCUCGUCGGGCUUUUCGAGGACACUAACCUCUGCGCCAUCCACGCCAAGCGCGUCACCAUCAUGCCCAAGGACAUCCAGCUCGCCCGCCGCAUUCGCGGGGAGCGCGCAUAGAUCAAGCGUCUGCCUACUCGACUUAGGCCUUGUACAAUGAAAGGUGUUUA